CCCACCUCAAUCUGCCGCCUCCCUCUUCUCCUCUUCCGUCGGCUCUCCCUCCUCCAAGCGUCGGAUCUCAAUUCUCACCCCGUUUCUGCGGCCGAAAUGAAUCGAAAGUUUACUCAAGAUCUCUAGGUUGAACGAAAUGACGAAAGGCCGUCUUCUCAAAGCCCUGAUAUCGAAAUCCACCGGCAAGACCGCCGGCAGGAACUCCUCCGGCCGCAUCACCUCCUUCCACCGCGGCGGCGGAUCGAAGCGGCUCCAGCGAACGGUCGAUCUCAAGCGCAACACUCCGGCGACUGGAGUCGUGGAGAGGAUCGAGUACGAUCCCAAUCGAUCCUCUCGCGUCGCCCUCGUUCGCUGGAUCGACGGCGUCAGUUUCCUGCGUCGAGGUCAGAGGAAGGCCGACGAUCUCUCUCCCCCGGCGGAAAGUAAGGUUCUUGAAUUUCCCAUCUCCUCGGUUUUCUCGUUCUCGACUCUCCCUGUGGAUGCGAAGGGAGAGAAUCCAACUGUUUUGCCCAGUUUGUUAGGGUUUCGUUUCCCGAGGAUCGCUGUAGCUGGAGCAAGGCCGGCAUUUUUCGCUCCCCGAGCAGCGGGAGAGGAAGCCAUUGGAGAGAAUUUGACUCUUGAUGAAAUCCGGAGGUGGAAGACUCGGUCGAUUGAUCGAAAAGCAGCCCUUUCGUGGCAAAGCUCGGUGAUUGUGGAGUCGAAACCUAAGCUUGAACAGAGUAACUUGCUCCCAACCCAAGUGCUUUCCUAUGAUUUAUCUAAUGGCCGGUCUCUUUAUCAGAAUGCAGCUCCUUUUAAGCCUAAAGUAGGCAAAGGGCCAGAGGGGGGCUGUGUGCCUGUCAGUUAUAUUAUAGCUAGCGAUCAUUUGGAGCCUGGGAAGACUGUUGUGAACUGUGAUUUGCCCAAACCUUUGCAAAGCAAGAAGCUUUUGCAGGCUGAUCAGGGUGCUGAUAUGCAGAAGAAGCUGCAGGAGAUUAGCUAUGAGAGGCUUGAUUUGAGUUUGCAAGUGGGUAAUUGCAUACCUUUGACUGAUAUAAGAAUGGGAUCAUGGGUACAUGAUAUUGAGUUGCGCCCGGGUCAAGGUGCAAAGCUGGCUCGAUCUGCAGGAACCUAUGCUAAAGUGAUUAAGGAGCAAGACGCACAAUGUCUGAUUCGGAUGCCUUCGGGUGUUGAGAAAUGGGUUGACUCUCGAUGCAGGGCUACUAUUGGAAUAGUUUCUAAUCCUGAACAUGGUGCAAGAAAGCUUAAGAAAGCGGGUCAGAGUCGGUGGAUGGGUAGGCGCCCUGUUGUUCGUGGUGUUGCCAUGAAUCCAGUGGAUCAUCCUCAUGGUGGAGGUGAGGGUCGUACUAAAGGAGGUAGACCUUCGGUUUCACCAUGGGGGAAGCCUACUAAGGGAGGGUUUAAAACAGUUCUGAAGGUUGCAUCAAAAGGCGAACUUUGAUUCAUGCCAUGAAGAACCAUAUUGAACGGAAGUCCUUUUUUAUGCUUUUAUCUUGAGAAUAAAGAGCACAGAGAACCUUUAGCAGGAAGAUUUGGCGUGUUGAGCUUUUAGUUCACUGGAUUCCGGAGAUGACAGUUCAGUGUACACCUAUAUUCAGUAAUUUCUUCUGUUAAUCCUUCAUAUAACGUUGGAAAUUGGCUGACACAUGGACAACAAUGUAAUGAUUCACUAUAUGGGUGCAGGAAUAGGAAUGAGUAGAAUGUAGGGGUCAGUUCUAUGAGAAUUGUUACUUCAUCCUUGUACUUUAGCUUUAUUUGUAUCCUGCUGUGAAUUAUUUUUGCUGCAACUGCUUUUAUAUCAACUUUUUAGUAAACUUUUAUUGAAUAUACGCUCUAAAUUAGCAUU